GAACUGAACAGUAAUCAAAGCAGACACACUGGUCGAACUUUAUUAUCUACCAUUCGAUACCAGCUGUAGAAAAAGCCACAAGUCCUCCUUUAACUGUAAACAGUAAAGAGAGAGGUGCAAAAGUCAAAACAUCUUUCCUGGCACUGACUUGUGACUUUCCUCAGUUAAAGGAUUUCCACAGUUGAAUCAACAAAGAGUCUUUGGAUGCUUGGAUUCAAAGAUGAAGCUACAUGUAUCUGUGAUGAUCUGAUGAUGUAAGUGAUGAUUUGGAGAACUGAAGCUGAUGACAUGACAAAGGACUUUAACAUCUCUCAGCUUUCCUGCACGUCAUUCUGAGCCAGUCCAGAUCCACUGUGAGAGACUCUACUGGACAGCAGAAGAGAGCAUAAAACAUAACCAUUACAGGCUGUGAGGACCUAGUGGCUCCUAUUCCUGGUGGUCCCACCAUGGGAAAGACCGGACAGAGCACAGUGGACUUAAACUCCCCUUCAGAGGUCAAACAGGCAGUUCCAUUUGAAGAACUGGAUCCUGUUGUGCCACCCAUGGAUAAAAAGAAGCAGAAAGAGGAGCCACCUGACAGAGGCAGCUGGAAAGGCAAAUUUGAUUUCCUCUUGUCAUGUGUGGGUUACGCCAUUGGUUUAGGAAAUGUCUGGAGGUUCCCCUACCUGUGUGGCAAGAACGGUGGAGGGGCUUUCCUGAUCCCGUAUUUUAUGACCCUGGUGUUUGCUGGGAUACCUCUCUUCUUUCUGGAGACAUCUCUGGGACAAUUCACCUCGGUGGGAGGGCUGGGGGUGUGGAGGCUCAUCCCUAUGUGGAAAGGUGUUGGUUUGGCUGCAGUGGUUUUGUCCUUCUGGCUCAACAUCUAUUACAUUAUCAUCAUUGCCUGGGCUCUGUACUACUUAUUCAACUCCUUUGGUUCGGAGCUGCCUUGGCAAAGCUGUGAUAACCCCUGGAAUACAGAGCAAUGUUUUUCCAACUACAGUCUGACAGACACCACCAAUCUGACCAGCGCUGUCACUGAAUUCUGGGAACGUAACAUGCACCAGCUGUCAGGUGGUCUGGAGGAGCCAGGAGAGCUCCGUUGGCCCUUAGUGGGUACUCUGGCACUGGCAUGGGUCCUUGUCUACUUCUCAAUCUGGAAAGGAGUGGAGUGGACAGGAAAGGUGGUGUACUUUUCAGCUACCUAUCCAUACUUCAUGCUAUUCAUCCUAUUUUUCCGAGGAGUCACUCUCCCUGGAGCCAUAGAUGGGAUCCUCUUCUACGUUACUCCAGACUUCAACAAACUCAUUCGAUCUGAGGUUUGGUUGGAUGCAGCAACUCAAAUCUUCUUCUCCUAUGGACUGGGCCUGGGUUCACUCAUUGCACUGGGAAGCUACAACACAUAUAAUAAUGACGUGUACAAAGACUCCAUCAUAGUGUGCUGCAUCAACUCUUGCACCAGCAUGUUUGCAGGCUUUGUCAUCUUUUCCAUCGUAGGCUUCAUGUCUUAUAUUACCAAGAAACCUGUUCAGGAAUUAGCAGCAUCAGGCCCAGGUCUGGCAUUCUUAGCUUAUCCUCAGGCUGUGACACAGCUGCCCAUGUCCUCCCUAUGGGCCAUCCUCUUCUUCUCCAUGCUCAUGAUGUUAGGUCUGGAUAGUCAGUUCUGUACAGUGGAGGGCUUCAUUACAGCACUGAUGGAUGAAUAUCCCCUGCUGUUGAGAAAGAGAAAGAAGGUCUUCAUCCUCAUCGUUUGUUUCAUCUCCUUCAUAAUUGGCUUCUCCAACAUCACACAGGGUGGUCUGUACGUGUUCAAGCUGUUUGAUUACUACUCUGCCAGUGGGAUGUGCCUCCUCUUCCUUGUCUUCUUUGAAACUAUUUCCAUUGCCUGGUUCUAUGGAGCUGAAAGGUUUUAUAAGAACAUCGAAGACAUGAUUGGCUACCGGCCAUGUGUCUGGUGGAAGCUCUGUUGGAUGUUCUUCACACCACUCAUAUGCCUGGGGGUGUUCACCUUCAGUGCCAUUGAGAUGACCCCACUGACAUUGGGGAAAUAUGUGUACCCACUGUGGGGCCAAGUGACUGGAUGGUUCAUGGCUUUGUCUUCCAUGGUUCUGAUCCCUGGCUAUGUCAUCUACAUGUUCUGCACCACCAAAGGAAGCAUCAAACAGCGUUGGCAGAUGAUGACAACUGCCCAGGAGGUUGAAAAGCCAUCAGGGCAUGAAGAAUUUACACACACAGGGAGCGUGGGUGAAGCUCCUGUCUAGCCAGGAUCAGUCAGGUUGAAAUAAUCCGACUGCCAUUUUCCUCCUUCUGCCAGAUGGACAGAUAGAAGCUGGUACAGUACUUUACUUUACCUCACCUCAGAUAGAGACACAAAAUGAGAGCUAGAGUUGUAAUGCAUUUAGAGAACAGAAGAUUUCCUUGCAAGUAUGACUGUGAAUCUUCAUUCUACUUUUAAACUUUCUUUGCAGCUCUAUAAAACCAUUCUUUGUUUUUAUACUUACUAGAAAAAUGUAAUGAGCUGACAAACGAUAAAUAUAUACUGUAUAUAUUUAUAUAUAAUAUGAUUAUUUUCUUGUACUUUACACAUUAUAGAACCAACAAUACAGCAAAAUGAUGGCUUCUUUCCAAAUAGCAGUAAAUAUCACUGUAAAUUAUAUCCACAGACUAUUCAGACCUGCAAACACAAACAGAAAACAUUUGCAACUAUGAUAUGAAUUUGAUUAAAGCUGCACAUAUAUAUUUACCAUAGAUUCUUUUGUGUAUGUACUCAGCUUUGGAUAUUGUUUAAGUUUUAAAUGAUGUGAAUAUUGAGAUGUAUUAGUUUACAGGGCAAACUGUGUCAUUAAAAUGUUAUGUGUGUUUCUUUAUUAUAAAGUGUUGGGGUUUUUUUUAUUUUAUUUUUUCCUAUGAUGGGUGAUAAUAGUGAUGAGAAAGUGGAAAACUUUACAGAUGUUCAAUUUGAGGAAUGUGUAUGAAUUAUUUGCCCUGACACUGCUGUAUAUUUUUCAAUCCAAUAAAAACGUACACAACAAA